AUGGCUCUACACGAGAGCCCUGGCAAAGGGGGCCUGGAGGAUGACUGGGAGGAGGUUACUGAUAACUACUCUAUAGUAUCUCUACCGACGUCCGAUGACGAAUCCACAGAGAUUUUGUCCCCAGAUCAUCGACCAUCCUGUUCGUCAGACACCAAGUCAUCAUUCAGUAGCCAACCGUCACAAAGCGAUGAUGAUCCCACCUCCACUCAAGGGUGCUCUGUCGAUUUCUCGGGAUCGAAGCAAACCAGCAUGCUAUCCUACAAGACAACCGUCGAGCACCGGUCUUGUCCCUAUUCUCGAAACUCCUUUGAUGCUUUCGGACAAACGUCUUUUGCAAGGAAAAACAUGCAAGAAAUAACAAGGAGGAUGGGGGCAUCGGGUACAAUUUCCGGUGGUCAAGGAACUUUGAAUCAGCUGUCUUCACAACCAGAGCAUACCGAAUCAAGCCCAGUGCAAAUACCCCAUCGAAAGCCGAGUACAAAUGAUACCUUUGGCCUGCAGUGGGAGCAAGAGUCUAUUACGCCUGGUCAACCUCGUCCAGACCUGGCCGUGCCGUACAGAGGUUUAACGUUUGCGACUGAAGACUCAAUGGAAACGACGAAUGCCACCAUAUUCCGCGUUGAUUCCCCUACUUUGGAGGCACAAAGUUCGUCCCCGAGGCGAGGCACCAUAGGCGAGUCUUUGGAUCUCGAGGAGUCCUCAAUAAACCCUGUCCUCAUCAACAACAACCUACGGGCUCUUGAGCAAACACUCACGGAAACUUCUGACUUGACGGCAAAAUCAAGGACAUAUCCUGAUUAUGCGACGAAAAUCUAUACCAGUUGCCAAGAUUUGACUUUGCAAGUCAAUGAGCUCCUUCCCAUUCUAGGUGAAUAUGCAGACCAAUGGGAGAGGCCCAGCACUGCCGCGAGGGAUAUUCCACUCGACCCUAGCCUGCAGUUGUGGAUAGCAUCAUUGACUCGGAUAUUAUCGGAACUUGGGAAGAUCCACAAAGCUCUUGACUCUGCAGGUGACAGGACUAAGGACAUCGAACUUGAGAAUUCUUUUGCGACCUAUGUCGAUGCCCUUUCCGAUCACUAUAGACAGAUGAACGAUUUCCUUCCUAUAAUGCAAAUAGACUUUAACGACUAUAAAACGAAGUACAUGUCGUUCCCUUCACCCACGAUCGCAGAGAGAAUCACAGGCCCGCGACACAACUAUCAAGUCAGCAACAUGGGAACGGACCAGAUUUAUUGCAUCCGCCGCGCCGUGUAUGCACUAAAAGACGAACUACAACGCACUAUCCUGGUCCUCGAAGCGUCACUAAGUUGCUUAUCUGAUAUAAGGCUGAUUGCUGUAACCGAUGUUAUCACUGCUGUGAGAAGGGUGUUCGACGCCGUGUCUCAAGCCUUGACAAAUAAUGGGUCGGAAUGGAUUGAGAACGAUCUCAAACAUGGCAACCGCCAAUUGCUUUCAUACGCGGAGUUCAGCAACUUGGAUCCUACCACCAUCGAGGAUUUCACUGCACGCAUCAAACAGAUCAAUGAUUUGGUACACAUUGGCGCGCUUGAGAGCCGUCUGUGGUCGGCCUAUAUGGUCCAGCAACACCACAUCUGCAUGCUGUUUGAACAACAACAGCUCGAUUCUCUUGAUACGAUCGUGUCUGUGUUGGAGGAGAUCAUGCUUCCCAAUCAAAUUAACACCAGAACUGAACUUGACGACUUUCUGAAGGAGAUCUAG